GCCAUAACGGUGAAUUUAGGCACCAUUAAUGCAGAUAAACAGUUUUUUGCCGAGCUUCUUCAACCACAAUUUUGGUUAAUCUCAUCAUGUCCUUUCCGUAGUCAAAGACUGGCAUUUUUAGACGUGCCAUUUACAAAACUGACAUCGAAGAGCUACCAAAGGUUUUCAGAGAACCCAAUAAACUUUGAUUGGAGCUUUGAGUACAUUGAUCACUUUAAUGGUAUUUUACCAAUGUGUGAAAGGACAAAUAAGAGGCUUGGAGUUGAUGUGGAUGAUGUGUAUAUUGUGUUGAACAUUAUUAAUGUUCAUUGGUUUGCUUUGGCUGUGUUGAAUCUUCACCGACACAUUGAAGUGUAUGACAGCAUCAUUUUGCUCUCAAACGAUGACGAGAUAACAGAGUUUGUGAAGCUAUAUGCGCAUAUGCUUCUGUGGACGUAU